AUGGUGAAAUCUCCUCCAAUGCUGUUUACGAGGAAAAGGUGGACGAAGCUGGAUACAAAUAAUGCUUCAUACAUUCUCCUUUUGCAUCUACUUUGUAUAUUGGCACCCUUCUAUUUCACUUGGACUUGUUUCUUUCUUGCUAUGAUAUUAGGAAAUCUAACCGGCAUGGCUAUUAGUGUUUCGUAUCAUAGAAAUCUUACACAUCGGGCUUUCAAACUGCCUAAAUGGCUAGAGUAUUCACUUGCUUAUUGUGCCGCUCAUACAAUUCAGGGUGAUCCGAUCGAUUGGGUGAGUACACACAGAUGUCAUCAUCUAUAUGUAGAUACGGAACGAGAUCCACAUAGUCCUAUAUACGGAUUCUGGUUUAGUCAAAUGAUGUGGUUUUUCGAUUCUUAUAACUUGACUAAAAAAUAUGCAAAUCCAGACAAUGUCAGAGACUUGGAGAAACAAUGGUUCUAUAGGUUUAUGCAUAAAACCUAUUGGCUUCAUCCAUUGGCUCUUUCAGUGUUGCUGUUUGCUAUUGGAGGAGUUCCUUAUGUCAUAUGGGGAAUGUGCGUGAGGUUCGUAGUGAGCUUGCAUGUAACAUCUAUGGUCAAUUCGGUCUGCCAUAUUUGGGGAAAGCAACCAUGGAAUACGGGUGAUUUAUCUAAGAACAAUUGGAUGGUAGCUUUGAUAACGUUUGGAGAAGGAUGGCACAACAACCACCACGCCUUCGAGUAUUCAGCGAGGCAUGGGCAUGAAUGGUGGGAGAUUGAUUUUGGUUGGUAUUUCAUUAAGUUUCUUCAAGCCAUUGGGUUAGCCACCUGCGUCAAAUUACCCUCUCAAACCCAGAAGCUGGCUGCCUUAAACAAAUCAAAACCUAGCCUUUCUUAA